AUGAUAACAAAUAUUUUCAGCCAAAUGUAUAAUUUAUUUUAUUAAAUAUUUCUUCUAUUAUAAUAUAUUCUUGAAAAUUACAUUUACAUUUUUGCAUUACUGUUUGCUUUGUCGCGUACUGUGUAGCACUGUAGUGUGUGCCAACCACCAAGGUAUUUAAUACAAUAGCAGUUAUUAUUCUAAUUCGUAUUAGAUAUCACGGAUAAGAAUAUAAAAUUGAACUUUUUUAGUCACUUUAUUAUACUCGAUUGUCAGCACUCAAUACUCAUAGACAAAUUUUUAUUUUGUAAUUAAGUUGUGGUUGAUGAAAAUACCUAUUUGAUUGAUUUUCAAUAUGGAUAAAAAUCAUGAAGAAAACCUUAAAAAAGGACGCUUACUAAUUGAACGUUUAGAAGAAAUACAAUAUUCUCAUUUCAACGGCCGUCCAUUAUGGACAACUAUACAAAAGAAUGAUCUGAAAUUAUUUUUAGCAUGCAUAUAUUAUAAAAACCCGUCUCCUAGUAAUGCAAUUGAAAACAAUAAUUAUGAAGAUGACAACAAUAGUGAAAAAAUAUUCAAGUUAUAUGAAGAAAAAAUUCAAACACAGAUUUCAAACGUUUAUAAAACAAUAGAGGAAAAAUACAUUGAACCUGAUCAUCAUAGUGAUAUUGAUGUGGGUGUUACUAUAAUACAUAGUAUUUGCAAAAAAAAAUGUGAUACCUGCCAAAAUUUUCCUGCCAAAGAUAUUCACAAACAUGUCUUAAUCAGAUUAAAACUUAUCAACAAUGAAUGUAUUUUUUUUGAUAUUCCAAACAAUAGAAGAUAUACUAGUUGGGAUCAGUAUUUAAAAAAAAAUGAUCUCCCAGAAGGAUUUAUGUUCUACCCUAAAUCAGGGUUUUAUGAUGCAUCAAAAAAUUUGUAUCAAUCUAUAACACCAGCUUCCACACACACCGAAAAAAUCAUAGAAACAGCCGAUAUAGCUUCACACAUAUCAAAUUGGGUUGGAGGUAUAGCGUUGGCCUGUGGUUUGAUAUUUCCUUUAGCGGCACCUAUUAUAAUGAUGUCUGGUGCACUAGUAACAGCUUCUUCGUCAUAUCUAGUUGUUAGAAAUAUUGAUCGAAUAAUAGACAUGUACAAAUAUCAAAAUCAUACAACUGGCACUGAAGUCUGGAUACAUUUUAUGAAUUUAGCGAUUGCAGCAAUUGGUACUAUAGCAACACCAUUCCAUACAUUGGCAAUAGCUUCGGAGGCUAGCACAACUGUUAGAUCCUCUUCAAAGGCUCUUACUAUUUUUCGAACAACUGCUUCUAUUACUCAAUGUACAUUGGAAGUCUUCCGUGCUACUCUGGAAUUUAUAGAUAACGAUUUUAAAUUAACAUAUGAAAAUGUGUUAAAACUACGUUUGGAUUUGUUUAUGAUUAUGGGAACAUUAAUGCCUUCAAGUAUCGUUAAAGAUAUUUUAAAAUUGCUGGCCGUGAAAAGUGUUUGGGUACCCAUUUACAAAACCCUGGAGCAAAUUCCUUACUGUUUGGGUCAAACGGUCUGGAACUCCGUUUAUUUUUUCAAAAGUCAUUUCACUGUGUUCGUGGAACGAGUCACGAUGUUUCUCGCCGAAAACCUCACACCGCAGAAUCUGUUGUUCUCGUGGAAAACGAUUCGGCGUGUGUUUGAGGGUUAUCAAAAACAAAUCGCCCAGUUGGACGUCGGCGACCUGUUGCGGCACGUGGUGGACGGCAUCGCGGUGGACGAAAGCGUGAAGUACGUGUUGCGCGGCCAGCGCAUGGUGAAGCUGCUGGACAGUCUGAGCGGGAAAAAACCGAUCGGCCGAGCCCUGAUAAAGUAUUUUGUGGAUCGCGUCCUGCAGAAGGCAAUGAAAUUGCAGGCGGAUCGCGAUGAAUGUGUGGCCGAUCUGGCCAAGCGUGGUGAGACUAGCACGUGGGAGGUGGACGUGGAGUUUUGCAAGUGUUACGGGAUCGAGAGGUGCGCCAUGGACCAGUACGCGCUUUGGGCCAUCGGCGAGGUCGGCGUGAAUGCGACCGAUGUGAUGGCCGAGUACGAGGAGUACGCAUCCCGCCCGGAAAACAUGUUUGACGACGAAAUGGUUGUAAACGAGGGCGAUGGCUCGGGUUGGUCGGCCAAAGGGUACACGUUUGUGGCACCGUGCGGUGUCCUGGACUUGGAAUUUUGCUUGCGGUUGUCAGAAAAGAUCAAUCCGCAGCCGCAUCAUUACCUUGAUCACAAACAUGUGCAACCCGAGCCCGGUGUAUCUCUGUUGUUUGGGGUUUCCGCUUAUUCGGUCAAUAUCGUUUUCUUCGGCAUCGACUUGAUCAACGGCGUGCCGAAGAUGAAUAUCUGCUUCUUCCAGCAAGAUCGUGAUUCAGACUCAUCCAUCUCCAACCACAGCGGUUUUAAGAAGUUGCAAGCUGCUUAAGCGUUGUUGUUUUCUUACUAUCUAUGAGUGCUCGCAUCCGGUCAACAGCGUCAUCAUCGUUGCCCCACAUUUUGUAGAUCUGCUCUCCUCUCGUCCAUUUAGUGGUUCCAUCGUUUUACUGGCUCUACUUACUCGAUUAAGACUGAUUUAAGUCAUCUAACACAUAAUUAAAUGUCAUAAAAACUAUAUAAUGUUAACAUUAUUUUUAAGUGUAGAAUAUCAUUUUUAAUCUUGUUAUUUUUUGAUGAUUUUUUUUUGCAUAUUAUAAUUAACCGGUGCUAUAAAUUUAAAUGUUCAUCAAUAUAAUAAAUUAACAUGAGAAAUGUCUUCAAAUGUACCUAUCCACAUAUUUUUUUAACACUUACAAUAUUUUAU